AUGGCAAAAUCCUCUAAUAAUUCUUCUCCUCCUUUGGGAAAUCCAUCUGAUGAUUCCUUAAGUUACUACUAUCUGGAUCCAUCUGAUAAUCCUGGAGCUCUUCUUGUAUCUGAGAUUUUUUCUGGUGACAACUAUGUGGCUUGGAGUCGAUCCAUCACAAUUGCUCUCACAGUCAAGAACAAAGUUGCCUUCAUCGAUAGGAGUUUGCCUCAACCUAGUCCUACUAAUGCUCGACUUAAGACUGCCUGGUUAAGGGCAAACAAUCUUGUGCUUUCUUGGCUAAUGAAUUCCAUUGCAAAGGAGAUUCGAGGUAGUCUUCUUUAUUUCAACAAUGCUAUUGACAUUUGGAAUGAAUUAAAGUUUCGAUACCUGCGUAAUGAUGGUCCAAGAGUAUUCGCCUUGGAAAAAUCCUCAAGUUCUAUUUCUCUAGGCUCGAAUUCAAUCACUGUGUAUUUUAGUGUUUUCAAAGCACUAUGGGAUGAAUAUAUUAGUUAUCAUCCCCUUCUAACUUGUAAUUGUGGAUUUAUGGAAAAGUGUACCUGUGCAGUGUUGAAGAACCUUGUUGAUCAACAACAAGCUGAAUAUCUCAUCAGGUAA